GAUUUGAAUUUGUUGAAAUGAGCAGUCGUAAAUCAAAGAGUAACAGCUUAAUUCACACAGAGUGCCUUUCACAGGUACAAAGAAUUUUACGUGAAAGAUUUUGUCGUCAGAGUCCACAUAGUAACCUAUUUGGAGUGCAAGUACAAUACAAACACUUAAGUGAGCUGCUGAAAAGAACUGCUCUCCAUGGAGAGAGUAACUCUGUCCUUAUUAUCGGACCCCGAGGAUCAGGAAAAACUAUGAGUCUCACUCUGUUGCCCAGGCUGGAGUGCAGUGGCACGAUCUAGACUCACUGCAACCUCUGCCUCGCGGGCUCAAGCGAUCCUCCCACAUUUGCCUCCUGAGUAGCUGGGACAGGCAUGUGCCACCACACCCAGCUAAGUUUUUUAUGUUUAGUAGAGAUGGGGUUUCACCAUGUUUACCAGGUUGGUCUGGAACCGCUGGGCUCAAGUGAUCCACCCACCUUGGCCUCCCAAAGUGCUGGGAUUACAGGCAUGAGCCACUGUGCCUAGCCUCAUUAGUAUAAUUAUAUAAAUUCAAAUUUUAAAACAUAAGACUACAGUCUUAUGUUUGUUUGUUUUAACCCCUAAUCCUAACCCUAAGAUUAUAGUAUAUUUAAAACACUAUACUUGGCCAAACUGUCUGAAAUACAAAAAUGCUAACUCUACAGUUAAUUGAAAAAGGCAAUAGUGUGGCUUAUAAUAUUACAAGCAUUUUAUUUAAAAAAAAUUGAUAUGGCUUCAAGUGACAGAUUGACCCCUAGAAAAUACCUUUUUUUGUUUUAAGAGACAGGCUCUCUGUCACCCAUGCUGGAGCCCAGCGGCUCAAUCAUAGCUCACUAAAGCCUCAACCUCCUGGGCUCAGGCAGUCCUCCUGCCUCUGCCUCUCAAAGCACUCAGAUUACAGGUGUGACCCACUGUACCGACCCUUAGAAAACGCUCUUACACAUGGAAUUUACUGUAGACAAAUUUGCUAGAUGGUUAAAUAGGAUAUUUCUCCUAGUUGCAUAUUGGUGAAACCUGUGUUUAUUAUAAUAUUUGGGAAUAGUAUAAUAGUUGGUGAGCAUAAAAAUUACUGGAUGUUGGGAGGUCUAAGAAAAUUAUCUUGGUAUGUUUGUAAAAUUAAAUUUUAGGCACAAAGAAUGUGGAAAGGAGAUGACCAAAUUUGGUUAUGUUGGUUAGUGUGAUAUUAAUAACCAACUAAAUAUUUUUAGUGUAUAAUGUAGUUUAAAUAUUUGAAAUGAUAACAUAUUCAAGAAAAAAGCUAACUUAAAUGGUCGAUUGCAUAAACAAUAAAUUUUAGCAAUACCCAGAUUAGAACUAACAUUAUUUGAAGACUCACUUGCUAAUAUAUUUAUCAUUUCAAACCAUACACACAACCCAUAAAAUAUUAGUGGGCUGAUCCAAGCAAAGCAUAAGUUGGUGUUUAAAGUAAGUUGAGUGGAAAGAAAGCUAUAAAUCUGUUACAACUCUCCUUAUGCAUAUAUAAAAUGGAAGGUAUUAUUAAAAUCCCCAUUCCUUUUAGCAAAGGAUUUGAAAUGGUUUUGAAUAAUUCAUCAAAACAUAAAACAUUGUAUGAAUUAAAACAAAAUCAUAACCUAGGAAAAAAUAUAUUCAGCAAAAUAUCAAGAGAUGGAAGAAAGAAAAUACCAUGGAUUGCUUAAAAAAAAAAUUUUUUUUUGCUGAAAGCACUGUUUUGAGAGACCAACUCUGUAUCAUCUAGGGAUGUACUCUUAUUAUAGUGUCUGACCUGAUCCAGAGGUGAAGAAGUACCUCUAUGCAGUCCUUUAAUGUUACUUCUCAUUAAAUGUCACUUCUCAUUAAAUGUCACUUCUCAGUUGGGCUAUUACUGGUAGUAUGACAGGUGAUAUCUUGAGAUUGUCUCCUUUUCAGAGGACCUGGAAUUCCCUAUGCUUUAAAAACCAUGCAGGUAUACAGGAAAUUUUUUUUAUUUUUGUUGUCUUGUUAUGAAACAUAUGUAAUUUAAAAUGAGGAUCAUAUUUGCUUUUUUCUUUUUAGAUAAGGUGUUGCAAUGACAAAUAGGUAGCAUAUUGCAAAUACAAAUAGUAUUUUGUUUUGGAAAAUAGUUUACCAGUUGUCCCAGUGCCUUCGUUGAGUAAUACUUUUUGUCCUAAGUUUUGAUGCCAUCUCUAUUAAUAUUUUGUGUAUAAAACUGCUUUUCCCAGUUCACUUAUUUAUGAUAGUACCUAUAUUUUAAUAUUGGAAGGAACAGUCCAUCUUUACUCUUUAAAUAGGUUUUUGGCUUUUCUUAAUUACAUUCAUUUUCAAAUUCUUUAAAAAAAAGAAUGCAUUGGUAAUAUGAAGAGAUAUAUGAUAUCACAGUACAAGAGCAAUACAAUGUUAUUUAAAAAAGUAUGCUUCAUAGAAACCUUUAAUUCAAUAGGCUUUUAACUGAUUACAAUGAUAUUUAGUAGAGUAAUUGUCAGAGAGAUGCGUAAUGUACUAACUGAGACAUGAAGUUUAUAAGGGCCAUGUCACAUGUUUAAUGUGACAUGUAGAGAAAUAUUUAUUUUAAAACUUGGUUGUUUCUAAAUUUGUAUUAAAAGUUCGCGUAGGUGAUUGAGAGAAUAUUGUAUCAGUCCUGGCUCUUGUUUCUUAAAAAAGUCAGAUAUGAGAUGUUCUAGUUAAACCUUUUAUCUGUAAAGAAUUUGAAAACUUACUUGUUAAAGAGGUCAAUUUAUUUAUAUUCUGUUCUUACCGCUUGUAGUUUAAAAACGAAUAUGGACUUAUUUUUAUCUUUUACCUAUUAUUAUUUCAUAAACUUUUCAUAUUUAGUUAAUAAAUCAUGCUUUGAAAGAACUCAUGGAAAUAGAAGAAGUGAGUGAAAAUGUAUUACAAGUUCACUUAAAUGGACUGCUGCAGAUCAAUGACAAAAUCGCCCUAAAGGAAAUCACAAGGCAGUUAAAUCUGGAAAAUGUAGUUGGAGAUAAAGUUUUUGGAAGCUUUGCUGAAAACCUUUCAUUUCUUCUGGAAGCUUUAAAAAAAGGUGACCGAACUAGCAGUUGCCCAGUGAUCUUCAUAUUAGAUGAAUUUGAUCUUUUUGCUCAUCAUAAAAACCAAACACUUCUCUAUAAUCUUUUUGACAUUUCUCAGUCUGCACAGACCCCAAUAGCAGUUAUUGGUCUUACAUGUAGAUUGGAUAUUUUGGAACUCUUAGAAAAAAGAGUGAAGUCAAGAUUUUCUCACCGGCAGAUACACUUAAUGAAUUCAUUUGGUUUUCCACAGUAUGUUAAAAUAUUUAAAGAACAGUUAUCUCUACCUGCAGAGUUUCCAGACAAGGUUUUUGCUGAGAAGUGGAAUGAAAAUGUUCAGUAUCUCUCAGAAGAUAGAAGUGUGCAAGAAGUACUACGGAAGCAUUUCAAUAUCAGCAAAAACCUGCGGUCAUUACACAUGCUAUUGAUGCUUGCUUUAAAUCGAGUAACAGCAUCGCACCCAUUUAUGACUGCCGUAGAUCUAAUGGAAGCAAGCCAACUGUGUAGCAUGGACUCGAAAGCAAAUAUUGUACAUGGUCUAUCAGUCUUGGAAAUCUGUCUUAUAAUAGCAAUGAAACAUUUAAAUGACAUCUAUGAGGAAGAGCCAUUUAAUUUUCAAAUGGUCUAUAAUGAGUUUCAGAAGUUUGUUCAAAGGAAAGCACAUUCCGUUUAUAAUUUUGAAAAACCUGUUGUCAUGAAGGCUUUUGAACACUUGCAGCAAUUAGAAUUAAUAAAGCCCAUGGAAAGAACUUCAGGAAAUUCACAGAGAGAGUACCAGCUGAUGAAACUGCUUUUGGAUAAUACUCAAAUUAUGAAUGCUCUGCAGAAAUAUCCCAACUGUCCUACAGAUGUGAGGCAGUGGGCAACAUCCUCACUAAGCUGGUUAUGAAUAUAACCAGUGACUUCAACUUUGGCAUUUCAUUCAUACUUCUGUAGAGAACGGAAAACUAUUGUCCAUUAACAUGAUAUGCUAAACAUUCUAUAAACAUUCUUGUAUUUAUGUGAGACUUGCCCAUCUACUGUCUUGGCUGUGUCUUGCCUUUUAAUCAUGAACAGUUACAUGAUUUAUAAUUUCACUGAUUGAGAUUACUUUGUAAGUAGCUGUUCAGAAGAAUAAAAUAUGACUGUUUUAGGGACUA